AUGAAACAUUUUCUUGUUUCUUUGUGCCUCCUGGGAACAUUUUUCCAAGCUUUGGCUCAAUGCACCUCGGAGUUUCAUCUUGAAGGAGAUUACAUGUUGGGUGGACUUUUUGAUAUUCAUCAUGACAGCAGCCCUGUUUAUCACGACAGACCAGAAGCCAUCGACUGCUCCAGUAAACCCUUCAUUCAUUCAAGCUAUCGAAGGUUUCAGGUGAUGAGAUUUUCUGUAGAGGAAAUCAAUAACUCCACCAGCCUCCUGCCAAAUGUAUCUCUCGGCUAUGAGAUAUUUGACCACUGCUCAAAAACACACACUCUCCCAGGCAUUUUCAGCCUCAUAUCAGACAACGGCUUGAUCCAACCUUGGGGUGAACCACAAAAGAAUCUGUCUAAAGUGAUAGCAGUGGUCGGCACUUAUACGAGUCCUCAGGCACUGACUGUGGCCCCUCUCUUCAUGAUGGAUCUCAUUCCUAUGGUCAGUUAUGGAGCUGCAAGUUCUACCUUUUCAAAAAUUCAGAAUUUUCCCUCUUUCUUACGAACAGUGCAUCCCAAUAAAGACGUCAUAGAGGCGAUUGUUAACAUUCUGCAGCACUUCAACUGGCUCUGGGUUGCUUUCCUUCACGUUGAUGGUGAUUAUGGCAAAGAUGGACAGGAAUUGUUCAUAAAGAGGAUAAAGGACACUGAGAUUUGCCUUGCAUACACUAAAAGCCUCAAUCAAUAUACAGAUCACUCUCAAAUAUUCAAACAGAUAGAGGCACAGAGGAUAGGUGUCAUUAUUGUUUUUGCUGCUGAAUGGACUGCUGAAGCUCUCAUUGAGUCAGCAAUAAAACUAAAUGUCUCCAACAAAGUGUGGAUAGCAGGGGAUGCGUGGUCCUUAAACAAAGAGCUCCCCAAGAAGAAAGGAAUCAAAAAUAUUGGGACUGUAAUUGGGGUUGCUGAGCCAAGAAUGACAAUUCCUGGUUUCAGUGAUUUUAUCCAUUCUUCCAGAAGCCAGGCUCAUUGUGAAAACACAGAGCAAAAUAUGGUUUGUAAUCAGGUUUGCAACUGCAGCAGCCUGAGUGCAGAAGAUGUCAUCACUGCAGAUCCAUCUUUUAACUUUCCUGUUUAUACUGCUGUAUACGCCAUCGCUCACGCCUUACACAAUGUCCUGCAAUGUGGAGCUGGCAGAUGUAAUAACAACAUUACAGUGUACCCACACAUGGUUCUAGCACAGCUGAAGAGGUCAAACUUCACACUUUUAAACCAGAGAAUUCAGUUUGAUGAGAAUGGUGACCCCAACUAUGGAUCCUAUUCUAUAGUCUCCUGGAACCAAAGUGGUGAUGCAGAGGAGAUCGGCUCUUAUAAUUUUUAUCCAUCUUACCAUUUCUUCAUAAAUGACAGCAAAAUUCAGUGGCACACAAAGGGAGAAGUGCCUACUUCAGUGUGUUCCUCAGAAUGUCCUACUGGAUUUGCAAGAGAGUAUAAUGGACUCCAGAGAUGCUGCUUCAACUGUGGAAUCUGCCCAAACGGAACUUAUGUCAACAGCACAGGUAAUCCCUACAAGUGCAUUGACUGUAAGGACACAGAAUGGUCUGCAGCAGGAAGUACAUCAUGCAGUCUGCGGGUGGUGGAGUACAUCCCAUUCACAGACAGUGGGGCCAUACUGAUCAUGAUCGGGGCCUGGGCAUUUGUGGGCCUCACACUAGCCGUGUCUGUUCUCUUUGCCAUCAACUACAACACACCUGUUGUCAGAUCUGCUGGGGGACCAAUGUGCCUCCUGAUUUUAGGCUGCCUCAGUCUGUGUAGUCUCAGUGUGUUCUUUCACUUUGGUAAGCCAACAACCUCCUUCUGUAUCUUAAGGUUCUUACCAUUUCUGUUGUUCUACACUGUUUGUCUAGCAUGUUUUGUUGUGCGCUCUUUUCAGAUUGUUUGCAUUUUCAAAAUAGCCGCCAAGUUUCCCAAGAUCCUCAAUUGGUGGAUGAAAUAUCAUGGACAAUGGCUGGUCAUCACUGUGGCAUUUGCUAUGCAGGCUGUUUUACUUAUUAUUGGCUAUACUUAUGCUCCCCCCAAACCCUACCAUGACACAUUGUGGUCCCAUGACAAAAUCAUACUUGGUUGUGACAUUAAUGUCAAAGCAUCCUCUGGUUCUGUGGCUUUACUUUUAUUUUUGGGCUCCCUUUGCUUUAUUUUCUCCUACAUGGGUAAAGACCUCCCAAAAAACUACAAUGAGGCCAAAGCAAUAACCUUCUGCCUGCUCCUGCUGAUCCUCACCUGGAUCAUCUUUGCCACUGUGUACAUUCUUUAUCAUGGCAAGUACAUCCAAACACUUAAUGCUCUGGCGGUACUCUCCAGUCUCUACUCCUUUCUGUUGUUUUAUUUCCUCCCAAAAUGUUACAUCAUCAUUUUUCAAUCGUACAAAAACACGCAGGAAUACUUUCAAGGUCUCAUUCAGAGUUAUACCAUGACAGUCAGGUAG